CCAUCGAAAUGAUCUUAUGAUUGUUUACAUAUUCUUGUUCUCGUAAUUCGAUAACAAUUAGUAAAUCAACGAUUAAUAAUGUUAUUGAUUUAAGAUUCAAAGGAAUAGAUUAAUUUGAUAACAUCGGAGUAAUUUAAUAGUCGCAAUGAUUGUGAGUCAUUAAUUGUUUCCAAUUGUUGGAUGAAUUGUUUUUUUCAAACUAACGAUUGAAAUUAAAUUAUGAACAGUUUGGGUUAGGUGAUGAUUUAAUCUCAGAAAUUAACAACAAUCAGUUGAAAAGUGUAAUUAGUUAAUCGUGUUUGUCUAAUAUGGAUGAAAAUGUUUCUUCAGAAGGAAAAUCAAUGGAAACAAUUAAAGAGAAUGUGAUUAAUUUUCUUGGCCAAUGGAUAAUUCGAGUUAUAUUGUGUGUUCUCAUUUGGUCAUUGCUGUGGUCAGUUUGUGGUUCGAUUGCGUUGCCACCUUCGAGUCCAUUGUUCUCUCUGCUAAUUAUCUGGUUAACGGCUUAUGCUUUAGGUCAAUUGUGUCUUCCACUUGGACUUCCGCCUCUUUUGGGCAUGAUGAUCGCCGGUAUCGGUUUAGCUAAUUUUCCAGGUAAUAUUGUGACCCUACAAUCGCAAUUAUCUAGUUCAUUGCGUUCAAUUGCCUUGACAAUUAUUCUGCUUCGAGCUGGACUCGGUCUUGACCCGAUCAUUAAAAGUUUAUCGGGAGUUUGUUUCCGAUUGGCCUUUUUUCCUUGUAUUGUUGAAACGGUUUCAAUUGCGAUGACCAGUUAUCUGAUUAUUGGAUUCCCUUGGCAAUGGGGAUUAUUACUUGGCUUUGUGAUUGGUGCGGUCUCACCGGCCGUUGUUGUCCCAGCGAUGAUUGACCUUCAACAACAAGGUUAUGGUACAAGUCAAGGAAUUCCAACUUUGAUAAUAGCGAGUUCGUCAGUUGAUGACAUUGCAGCGAUCACUGGGUUCGAUGUUGCCCUUUCCUUUGCCUUCGUUAAUCCAAAGUCCAGUUUACUCUGGAAUAUUGUUAAAGGUCCUGGAGAAGCGACAAUUGGACUAAUUAUCGGUUCGCUUGCUGGUCUCUUGCUUUGGUAUCUUCCUCGAUUAAAGUCCAUUGAUACUCAUAAUAAAAUUCAAUCAGAUGAUAAUGAUUCAUUUGAACAGUUUUCAUUAACUAGUCAAAGAUUUGGAUUAACUAUUGUCAUUGGAUUAGCUUCAGUAUUUAUUACUAAUCAUCUUGAUGUCGGUGGUAUCGGUCCACUCGCUGCUUUAGUUUUUACAUUCGUGGCUGCGAUUCGGUGGCGUCCUCAUAAGCUUCAUUUACCAAUUGAAAAUGGCCUUAAAGUUGCUUGGCUGAUUUUUGAACCUUUUCUUUUCUCGUUAAUUGGAGCUGAGAUCAAGUUCAAUCAACUACAAUUAGACAGAUUGUUUCCAAUCACUUGUUGUCUUCUCAUUUCUUUAGUGCUUCGAUCUUUGGCCUCGUUUAUUUCGGUCUUCGGAAGCUCUCUCAACAUGAGAGAGAAACUGUUUAUUUCUAUUGCUUGGCUUCCGAAAGCGACUGUCCAAGCAGCGAUCGGUCCCGUUGCUCUGGACUUAGCUCGAACCAAAGGUGACCAACAGGCCAUUUCCAACGGAAUUCUCGUUCUAACGGUUGCAAUUCUUUCCAUUUUAAUAACUGCUCCAAUCGGCGCUGUUCUGAUCAAAUUAACUGCUCCUAAAUUGCUUAGAAAAUCAACUAAAGAUGACACAUUAGAAAUUGAAUUAUCUUAACAAAGGAAAUUGUAAAUUAGCUGAAAUCGAAUUACAGUUUUAUAAAUUAUAAAUUGUCAAUCUGAUCAUCAAAUUGACAAAUUAUAGUAAAUUUCGCACAAUUAUUUGUAAUAAUUUAAUAAUGUUGAAUAAAUUUUCUAGA